AUAAGGUCUAUAUAAGCCUGAUCAGGCCUCCAAAAGGUCCUUUCUACUGAACCUGUGAGGACUGGGUGUGCCGCUUCCUGACUCACCGCUGUUCGCUACGAAAUCUGACGAAUAAGUCGGUCGGGAAAAUAGAAAUAUGGCUUACAAGGAUACUGGCAAGGCUCCCGUGGAGGCCGAAGUGGCUAUUCACCGUAUCAGGAUCACUCUGACCAGUCGCAACGUCAAGUCGCUGGAGAAAGUGUGCGCGGAUCUCAUCCGUGGCGCCAAGGAGAAGAAUCUGAAGGUGAAGGGACCCGUCCGUAUGCCAACCAAGACCCUGCGUAUCACUACCCGCAAGACUCCCUGUGGUGAGGGUUCCAAGACUUGGGAUAGGUUCCAGAUGCGCAUCCACAAGCGUCUGAUCGACCUGCACAGUCCAUCCGAGAUCGUCAAGCAGAUCACCAGCAUCAGCAUUGAGCCUGGUGUAGAAGUCGAGGUCACAAUCGCCGACGCAUAAACGGGACCCACAUUGGGCUGUUCCUUAUCAAACAUCAAUAAAGGAAGAGGAAAAUA